AAAGAAUACUAAUAAAUUAAUGGGCAUGGACUGGAGUGACCUACCACCGGAGAUUAUCGAAAUUAUCGCCGGAAACUUACCAACCUACGGCGACUACCUCCGAUUCAGGGCCGCAUGCCGGAGCUGGCACUCGUUUCUCCCACAAUCACCUCUCCACCUCCGUCCUCAGCUCCCAUGGCUCAUGCUCUCACGGCGAGCCUUCUUCCACCUCUCCACAUACAAGACUCACCUCCUCAACCUUCCAGAAGCUUCCAUCCGAACCCGAAACUGCGGCUCCUCCCACGGCUGGCUCGUCACUCUCAACGAAGAGUCCCCCAGCGUCAGCCUCCUGAACCCUCUCACGCGCGCCACGCGCUCUCUCCCUCCACUCAACGCUUUCCCCAGCAUCAUCGGUUUCAGUUACUCCAACGUCGGUCGAGAAUACCUCGUUCGGAACCACCAUGGCGGCGUUGACUCCUUCAAUCUCAGGCAGAUGUGCAACUCCUUCGUGAGAAAGAUCGUCUUAUCCUCGAGCCCUUCAGGGAACAGCGAAUUCUCGGCGUUCGCGAUUGUCGGUGAACGGAACCUGGCGUUCUGUAGAAGCGGCGAUGAUUCUUGGAUUUUCGUUAGCGAAGAACUUCACUGCUGGGAAGACGCGGUUCAUCACGAUGGCUCAAACUCGUUCUAUGCGGUGAGCAAAGAAGGAACGGUUGCGGUGUGUUGUGUUGAUGAUGAUUGUUUUCCUCCUCGUGUAUCGAUCAUUCAAACGGUGGCGUCGGCGAGAUUCUCCGGCGAUAUUCACUACGCGGUUUUUUCCGGCGAGGACAUGAUGUUGGUGUCGCGGAUUCUGGAACAGGAGUUCGAUGAUGCAGGCGGUGAAUCCAAUUUGGUGUAUAGAACCGUGGGGUUUGAAAUCUUUGAGAUGAAUUGGUGUGCGUUCAAAUGGCAAAAGGUUGAAAGUUUGGGCGAUCGCGCUCUGUUUAUUGGAGGGAACUCUUCGCUUUCGUUAGUUGCUGCUUCUGUUGGGUGUUUGGGGGAUUGCAUAUAUUUCACUGAUGAUUAUUCGGAUUUUAAUUAUGAUGAUGCUUGUGGGAAGCAUGAUUUGGGGAUCUUCAGAUUAUGGGACCAAGGUAUUGAGCCUUUGCCAUGCUAUCCCCGAAAUUCAUAUUCUAGGUUGGGUUGGCCUCUCCCAAUUUGGGUUUCACCUAAUCCCUCUUAAUUAUUUUAUGAUUUGGAAGCUAAACGUGUGUUGAAAGUUUAUGAUAGAUGUAAAAAACUGGAGAGGAUCCAUUUCCUUUGUUACCUGGUUAAGAAGCCACAUAUAUGCGUUGGCCCAGUGAAUUGUGAUUUAUCGUGUAUAGUACAGUAUAUUCAUGAAUUGAACGUUAUGGACCUAUUUGCUUCUUCAAA